UUUGUUAUUCGUCUGUGUAUUCUUCCGACACCGAUCUCCACGCCGUUUGUGCGCAGUUGCGAAGGGCGCCCACACAUGGCGCCGCUGAGGGUGCUCUGCCUUGCCACCCUCGCCGCCCGCGCAUCGGCGAGCGGCCCGGCCCUGAGCCUCCUCGGGUUCGCAUUCGACCCCGAGGAUGACGACGGCACCGCGCCGCGCGAUGCCCCAGAGUGGUGCAAGAGCGGCGACGAGCUGACUGCCGAGCAGCGGAAGGAGAAAGCCGUGACCGAGGGGAAGCUUGCGUGGGCCACAAAGGAGAGGAAUUGA